AUGAAGCAUUUCCUCUCGCCUGACCGCAUGGUCGCAAACUCGCCUCCUCAAAUGGGCGAGGAAGCAUCACCACCCACCACACCAUCAGCCAAGAAGCCCAAACGUAAAUGCCGCCUAAUCAUCCAUCCCCCCAAAACACCAUCGCCAAAGAAGCCCAAGCCGCAGAAGAAGAAGCCCUUCUUCCAACAUUUUAGAACGCGAGCACAACUACGCACCCCCAUCAAUAAAACCUACUAUUUCCCCAGCGCGCAGAAAGCCAGAAAUAAGAUACGCCACCUUCACUUUCUGGAUUCAGUGGCACUAGGUGUUACGCCGCUCAUCCACAAGUGUGAAGACAUGGGUGAUUUGGGACUCAGUGGCGUGGAGAUGGAGGAUGAAGAGAGAGGGGAGCUGGGCGAGCUGGAGUUUGGGACUGGGUUGAAGGCGGAGAUGGAGGAGGAUGAUGUGAAGAGGGGGAAGAUGGCUUGGUUGAAGGAGAAGUUGUGGGGGAAGGGAACUUGGGCUGUUUGUAGUGGAAGGGAAGAGGAGGAGGAGAUGGAGCGUGAGCUUAUGUGUUUGGCGAGAGCGGCGGUGCCGCUGAUGGGUGCGCACGAUGAGGAUAAGAUGGAGAUUGACGGCGGGCCUUCGAUGAAGACAGAGAUCCCGAAUAUGGGUGACUAUAUGGGUGACUUCUCGAAGGAUGACAUGAUGAAAUUAGCAGGGUUGGAGGUAUGA